AUGUUCGAUAAAUUGACUGGUAACGGAAAUGGGAACAAAAUGAAUAUGCGCAUCCAUGUGUUGGAGCAAAUUCUGUCCUCAAUUGAAACAGACGGCAGUUCAGCACGGGUCAAUUCCUUGCGUCAAGUGAUCAGGCGAAAUAAAGCAGAUAUGGCAGAUGAUGCUGGAAAAUCACUGGAUUUAAUGCGAAGGGGAUGGGAACCAUCACUCCACUGUAUACCGUGUCUCCAUGGACUGUUUCAGAUAUUCCAAAAUGAAAUCACGAAGGAAUUGCAACAGAUCAUGGAUCGCCACAUUCGAACAACAUUCUCGCCUGCCAUCGAAAAUCUCAAAAAGAACGGUCAUGUAAGUGGUUUAGUUGUGGACCAAGACGUUAUCAACGAUCUUUAUACCAGUAUUCUGGACGCAGCUAAGACUCCAUUCAUGAGAGAUCGUACUUCGACAAUGAAUCGUGAUCGACUGAAUUCAGAAAAAAGCGUGAAGCGAGGAUACGAAUCGGAUGAAUCCGAUGUCAGCAUUUUGAGUCAGUCAAGCGAGGUGAAACGGAGACGAGGAAGACCACGGAAGGACGAGGAAAUGUCAUUGGAUCUAUCGCCACUCACAUUACAUGAAGUGUUGAAGUGGUGUCCAGAACGUCAUCUCCUCAGUACUCGAUACAUUCCUGCAGCAAAAGUAGCCGCUUUGCUUUCCAUACCAGUUGCAGUGUUUUUCAGUAAAUAUCCUAGAAUGUUCCGGCAAAACUUCGAAUUUCAGUAUUCUUGUGAUGAAGAAGAUCGGGCAAUGCUGAUGGAAGAAAAGAAGCUUUCAAGAAGUGCUGGUCGUUGUUAUUUAAUGGUCAUGGAUGAUGUUACCGAGUUGCUCGGUCGAUCGCCGGAUCUUGAAUUUGGCGCUUUCACAUUGAACGAGCACAUCUUGCUGAAAAUGCGAUCAAGGACGGCACCGGUGUUUGAGCGGUUAAAAGCUCGUCUUCCGCCAUCAGCAUACACUUUCAACCAGUGA